AUGGCCUUAUUUUUGCUUGUAAUUGUAUCUACAAACGGUACUACAAGCUCAUCUUACUCCAAUUUGAUGUUGUGUGAAAAUACUUUGGCUGAUGUAGUCGAGGAAGUUAUGCAUAAAUCAUCGUUAAGUGCUGCAACCAGUAAUGAAAGUACACAAGAAGAAAAAAAAGAGAAAAAAAUUCUAUAUCCCAUCAAGGGUGUUCCUUAUACCUUAGAUAUUAAUUUGCGUGAAGGUGCCAAUUUGAUCGCCAAGGAUUUAUCAGGAACAAGCGAUCCCUAUGUCAAAUUUCGCUAUAACAAUAAGCUAUUGUAUAAAAGUGCUACCAUCUAUCGUGAUCUACGACCUCGUUGGUAUGAAAAGUUCUCUCUGAACAUAGAAGAUGUUAGUAAAUUUCUUUACCUCAAAGUUUAUGAUUACGACUUUGCUCUGAAAGACGAUUUUAUGGGUGAAGCCUAUGUGGAUAUGGCUACACUGGAGUUAGAAAAGAUAACCGAGAUUAAAUUAAAGCUAGAAGAUCCAAAUGCAGCUGGAAAGGACUUAGGCUAUCUAUUAUUAACAUUGACAUUGACGCCAAAGAGAGAAAUGAAAGAGGCAAAAUCAAAGUCCUUAAUAAGCACUCUAACACGUGGAAAAUCAAAAAAGAAGAUUGAAACUUCGGGCGUCGUUGAUAUAACAACCAAGAAACCUAGAUCGCAGCAUUCAUGCGAUUGCGUUUUGAAUGUUGUACUAUUAGAGGGUAAAAAUCUGAUGGCCAUGGAUGAUAACGGUAAAAGUGAUCCCUAUUGCAAGCUUAGAAUCGGAAAUGAAAAAUUUAAAAGCAAGACUUGUAGCAAGACUUUAAAUCCAGUUUGGAAAGAAGAAUACGAAUUUCAUAUUUACUAUGACCAAACAACUAUAUUUGAACUGGAGGUUUACGAUUACGAUAUGGCAUCAAAGGAUGAUUUCAUGGGAAAAGUUGAACUAGACGUGCUAGCAUUACCAAAAGAAGACACCGUACGUAUGGAGUUAGAACUAGAGGGAGGCGAAGGAUUAAUUUUACUACUUCUUACAUUAACGGGAUUUAAUGAUGGCAACAACAUGACUGACGAGGAUUUGGCUGGAAAGGAAGUUACUGACCCUAAAAGAAUUGAAGACUUGGAAGAUAAAUAUGCACUUUCAAAGACAUUUAAAGAUAAGGCUGAUAUAGGCUAUUUAAUUAUGAAAGUCAUAAGAGCAAAGGAGUUACCCGCUGCUGACUUUGGAGGGAAUAGUGAUCCUUUUGUUAUAGCUGAAGUUCGUAAUAGAAGAAUUCAAACACCUACAGUUUAUAAAACUAUUAAUCCAGAAUGGGGCAAAGUUUACCAAUUUGGAAUCAAAGAUAUUCACGACAUCGUUAAAAUAAGCGUUUACGAUGAAGAUAAGGCUAAGAAAGAAUUUUUGGGGAAAUGCAUGAUACCCUUACUAGAUGUUGAAUCUGGCGUCAGAAAAUGGCAUAACUUAAAGGAUCGAAAAUUUCGCGAUAAAGCUAAAGGUCAAAUUGAAAUAGAAAUGACCGUUGUGUAUAAUCCGAUCAGAGCGGCUCUGCGCACCUUUAAACCUAGAGAAGAAUAUUUCUUGGAAGAGGAAAUAAAGUUUAAACGUCAGCUCCUCGUAAGGAAUCUGAAACGUGUUGGUGGAUUGGUAAAAGCGAUAGUAUCUUUUGGUGGUAGUAUAAAAGAUCUUUUUGAAUGGAAACGAAAAUCGAGGAGUGCCAUUGCAUUCAUGAUAUAUAUCUUCAUCUGCCUAAACUUUGAUUGGUUUUUCCUGCCGGUUAUGUUGCUUAUCACUUUCGCCUAUCAUUACAUCAAGUAUAGUUUAAUGGGAAGUGCCUACUUUGAUUUGGGAGAGGAAGAAGAAGAAGACGAUGAUGACGAGGAGACUGAAGAUGCAAAUAAAAAAGGAAAAGAGAGUAAAAGUCUCAAAGCUAAAUUACAAGCGCUGUAUGACGUAUGUCAGACGGUACAAAAUGUUCUGAAUAAAGUAGCAUCAUUUGGAGAAAGAGUUAAAAAUACCUUCAAUUGGACCGUUCCUUGGUUGUCAAUGUUAAUGGUUAUCGUAUUAAGUAUUGUAACAGUCAUAUUUUACAUCAUACCAAUCCGUUAUAUUUUCCUGGCCUGGGGGAUUAAAAAGUUUACGCGAAAAAUCAUUAAACCCAAUCACAUUCCUAAUAAUGAGUUAAUGGAUUUCUUAUCAAGAAUUCCAUCGGAUGAAGAACUGAUACUAUUACGCGAUAGCAGUGUUCAAGACGAGAAAGAUACGAAGAAAAAACGCUAG